UGAGCGACAGUUCGAGAGCGUGUGUGCGUGGUUACAGUAUUAAACCGGAUAAAAGUCUGAAGAUAUCUCUCAGUGCGGAGCUAAGUAGAUAUAUAACAGAAGAGAUGUGAAAAGUGUAUGCAAAUCAGCGUAAUUUACCAUGGGACACAAUGCAGGGUCCAGCUCCUGACUCCUGAUUUGGCUUAAAAGGAUUAACCACGACAAUCGCUGAAAUGUUAAAUAUUCAUGAUCUAUGGAGCGGCACCGUUAUUUGUGUCACUGUAUUUAAAUGCCUUUAACUCUUACUUUCACUUUCAUAAUAAUCGAUAAAAAACUACGGCGUUCGAAGGUCCUUAGGAAAAGUUAUAGGCACUUGAUGUAAAACAGCGUCUGACAUCAAUCUGUAGGAAAGCAUGACUGCACCUGCUGUAGUAAGAAUUGUGCUGUUAGGAAAAAAUGGAUCUGGGAAGAGCAGCGCAGGAAAUGUCAUCCUGGGGGAAGAGAAGUUUGAAGUUUCAUGUGGUCCUGAUGUUGUAUCACAAGACUGCCAAACAGAAGAAGGAAACUUAAAUGGCAGAAGGAUUUCAGUAACCGAGAUACCAGGGAUAUUUCACACUGAGAGGCCUGAAGAAGAUCUGAAGUAUUCCAUAAUACCCUGCCUCACUGAGUGUGUUCCUGGUCCACACGUCAUCAUCUUAGUGCUGAGAGUGGGAAAAUACACCAAAGAGGAGAAACAAUCUGUGAAGAUGAUACUGGAGUGGUUUGGGAAGGAAGCCCUGAAGCACACAGUUGUCCUCUUCACACAUGGUGAUGAUCUCGGAAGAAACCAGACCAUUAAAGAAUUUGUAGAGAGGAACAAGGAUCUGAAGGAACUUGUUGAUAAGUGUGGAGGUCGAGUCCAUGUCAUUGACUGUAAGCAAUGGAAAGAAAAUGAUGAUAAAAAUGUACAACCUGUGCACCACUUGGAACAACUAAAGAAAAUGAUGAUAGAGAAGGGAAAAGCUGGGGAAUUACAGACUGUACAGGAAGUGGAGGAACUGAAGAACUGGCUAUUGGGUCAAAGAUCAUCAGCAUCUGAUCAGGAACCAGGCCAAGGGUCAGGAAGACCUACCAGUUCUGGUGGAAACCUGCAUGGAUCAAUGUACAGGAGCAACAGCUUUCAGAUUAAACAGCUGCUGACAACCAUAGACACCAUGGUGAGAGACAAUGGAGACAGUUAUUACAGAAAUGAAACACUUCAGGUAAUAGCAGAAGCUAUAAAAAGUGAGGUGAAUAAGAUAAAAGAAGAGCUGGAUGAGAGAGGAGAGAAAGCAGAGGAGUCUGAGAUCAGGAGAAGAGCAAGAGAAAGAGUGAGGACCAAGACUCAGAGAUCCUUAGGAGGAGCUAAUGUUGGGGCAUUACUGGAGGCUCUGCUGGGUUUAGCUACAAGAUCAAAACCAUUUAUAUUCAUAUCUGGAUUCCUGGGGGUAGUAGUAGCUGGGUUAUACAAAUACUUAACUUACCAGAACUAAGGAAGUUACUCCGGCAUUAGGGUCAGGGGCUGCAAGAGGAGAAGGGGCAGAAUCUGGGGCAGUUGGGGCAUUAAGGCCAAUUCAUGUUUCACUUUUCCUGGUAUGCUUUCCUUUGUGCACAGAGUAAGAUAAUGUAAUUUCCUCAUCAGGGUUAGUGCCAGAAAGAGUCCUUGCACAUAACUGUCCAUGGAUUGUAAGCACAUGUGGAAAAGUGAAUCAUGAACUAGGCUUUAGGGAAAGGAGCAGCAGCUAGAAUGGAGGUGGGUGUAGCUAUAGUGAUUCUGGUUACAGUAGGGUGAAGUAACAAAAGUUACAGAGAGGUCAGACAUUCCAAAAGAUUUGCCGAAGCACUGGCUGCUUUCAGUCCUAGGGCUGGGCAAGAAAAUGAUAACGUUAGUUAUCACAAUAUAAGGAAAAUCGUUAAUUAAAUAAAAAUUACAAAGCUUCAUACAUAUUUAGAUAAAAAAAAACAGUUUACAUUUAGUUUACAACUUACAGUAACAUAAAAAAUCUCUCAGUUCACCAAUUCCACUCUCCCCUGUUAGGAAGGACCACUCUCCUGCUCUGAAUUAAGAAUUAUGCACCUACAGUAGAUCAAAUUUUACAACAUACUGCCAAGUAUACCAAUAUAUACUAAGAUCCCUGAAAAAGCACAUGGGUAAAAGCCAUAAUGACGGUACCUCUUAUCCUUAACUCUGAACAUAUACAAAAUGCUAAAGGAAACUCACACAAGAGGUGUAACAGUUGUGACAGUUUAAACAAAGCUAAUGACUGGUCAUGUUAAGGGUACUUCACAGGUACAAAUUCUCAUAGAAAUUACAAAAAUUUACCAAUUUAUCUGCAAAAUCCAAAACCUCUAACAUCAGCUCUAGUUCCUGCCAGUCCUCAGAAGACGUUACAGGCAGAUCUAACUGUAGAUCAAUGAUGAGAGGAUCCUCCCUCAGAUGAAGGGAAACAUAAUUUCUCUCUGUCUCCACAGAUCAUUUAGGAGUAAUGUAUUAUGGUCAACACUUUCUCGAAGCUCCUUUAAAUCCAAAAACUGGUCUGUCAGCACAUUAAUGACCGUCAGCUCAAACCUUGAAUUACAUUUGUUUACAUCAAUUAGACGUUCAAAAUCAAUGUAAUGAUUGCAGAAACUUCAAAAGUCAUAAGACUUGUCAACUGUGUGUAAACCAACUUGUAAACGUGUCUGAUAUGUUUAAAAGGAGUCUUACCUGUGCUUGUGCUGGCACUCGAAACUGUAUUACAACUAGUGGAUUUCUCCUUUUCCAUGCUAUGAUGUUCCCGAAUCCUUUUCGUGGUAGUAGAUGGGCGUUCGCUAUGUUUUUCAAAUAUACUGUAGGCACUGAUGGUGUCCUGACCCUUUGCCCCUGAUCCAAAUCAUCCUCUUCUGAGGAAACGGGUUGGUAUCGGGCUGAAACUCUAAUUUAGGGGAUAAAACAACAAACAAAACAAUUAUAAAUAAAAAUAAAUGAAUAACAAUAAAAUGCAAUAAUAUCUGCAUUUCUAUUGUACUGCAUGGAGCAGCAGAGCAUAAAAAAAAAUUUUAAAUAGAAAAAACUGAUGUUAACUAUAUUACCACUUCUCAAUUUAUUCAAAACUUGCAUUUGCCAAACUGCCAAUUAAUUUACUGCGAUGUACAUUUGAGCUCUCCUUCCUCUUCCUCAGUCCCCCUCACUGGCUUAGGAGUCCUCUCUAGCUCUCUUAAAUAAUUUAGGAGCUGAGACCAAGUCUUAACACUUAAGAAUGUUUAUGCAUGCCACUUAUUCUUAAGUCUGGGAGUAGGAUCAAAAUCACGUCACUCUUAGAAUUGUGACGCAUUUAAGAGUUAAAUUUUACUCUGAGAAGUUUUAUGCAUGCCGGCCCUGGUUUCACAAUACUGUAGUGCAAUAAUGCAUACAUCAAACUAUUAAUAGGCUAUUUGUAAUGUAACAGCAAAUGUAAUUAAAAAUACUACUUCAUGCUUCCAUCUAGCUACCAAAAGCCAUAAAAACAGGAGAAUGUUCAAUCUGUAUAUAUUUUUAAUAAAUCACAUGCAAGGCAUUCAGUUCUCAUUCUCAGUUGUCUGUGAUGGAAUCACUGGGUCCAACUCUGUGUAUAAGAGAGAGGAACUGAAACAGAGACAGUAUUCAAGAUAAAAGAUUGCUUGCUAAAAUAAAUAACAUGAUGUUGCAUGGUAAGUGAAAGUGUGUUUUGUGUGUGUGUGUGUUCACUGUUGAAAGAAAUGUUGAACACACUCAAACUUACAGGAUCCUUUUGUAAAUCUUGCUCUUGUUGUUUAAUUUGUUUCGGACAGCUCCUCUCAGAAGGUUGAUGUCUGUGUUUGGGAAUUUCUUUGAAGUGUAAUCUGCAAAGUAAU